CGAUGUGGAUUUGGAAGUAAGUGCGGCUACUGGCAGAAGUCCUUCAUCGGACUCAGGGCUGGGCAUGACCAUGACGGAUUUGAAAAAUCGACCUUUACAACGUUUACCCUAUCGACCCAUGUCGGCCGAACCGAUUUUACAUCGUUCUCACUUUCAUCAUCCCACACCACAAAAACUGCCAUCAACAUCUACAUCCUCAUCAACAGCAUGUAAUUCAUCCCAACAGCAACAACAACAACAACAGCAACUAUUACAACAACAAGCGCCACCACUGCCAACCAAUUCAUAUUUACAUCCCUCUUCACAAACCAAUAUCGGUCAUUAUCAUCGCUAUACCAGUCAUCAUGCCUCAUUGCGUCAUCUUGGUGGCUUUGGUUCACGUUUGGCCGGUAACUCAUCAUCAACAUCGAAAAUAAUGGGACCAACUUAUUAUCACAGCAGUACCACCCAUAAUACUCCACAAAAGCAGUUUAUGUACAAAACUUCUAAUACAAAUACUAACGACGACAGCAGUUGCAUGGGCCUCAUCGAUCAAACGCAUUUUGACAAUCAACAUCAGGAAUACGGCUGUGAUGACCAUAGGUCCCGAAGAAUGAGUGAAACCCAUGUACUGCCCCACGCGGACUAUGAACAAGAUGUGGUGAGUAAAGGAUUUUCUAAUAGUUUUUUUGUUAAUAUAUUAGGCUAGGGAAGUAAGAGGCACAAUUUAAUAGAUUUUUUUACAUAAAUUUAUUAAUAAAAAAUAUACAAACAUAAAAAUAGAUUCAUUAGUUUAAAAUUUGUUUUUU